UCUGUCUGCAUUCACCGUCCUCAACCCCUCCUGCGGUAUAUGUGCCUCCUCUCGCUGCUUUCUCUACCAUUCUUUCUAUCCCAAUUCUCACUCUUCACACUCAGUUUCUUCGUCAACAUCAUCUCAAAUCUGCACCGGAUUUCAAGUGGUUUUUCUGCUUCUGUUUCGUGAAGAGUUUUACAAUCGGCGUUUGGGAAGCCGUGUAGUGUUUGGCACUGCUGUCUUGUUGGGCAUCUGAUAAAUUAGAGGACAUUCACGAUGGAUCACGGUUAUCCCGCUAACCAAGGGCCAACCCCCGCACACAACGACAUUCACACUCAAGACGAUGAGCCAUUGUUUACUUCACCACCUGAGGAUCGCAGUGCCAGCGUGAGGCGGCCUCCUCAGCAGCAAGCUUCUAGCACUCCUAGCAGUUUCGGAGCUCCUCCGAUGGGAGAACCAUCCGAGCCAGAUGCUCACCCUGAUAAUAAAACUGCUGCUACCCAAACUACAGGUGUUGCGUCCGUUCCUCAGGCCCCAGUGCACACAAGUGAUCCUGCUCCUCGUGGCCCUGCUCCUGGUGGACUUGGAGGUUUGGGCAGACAACCUAGUGGGUCAUUUGACAAGGCCACAUUGGGCGGCGGUGGCGGAGGAUUGCGAAGACAGCCCAGUGGUGCUUAUGAUCCAUCAACUGCAGCCAAAACUGAUAAAGGUUUCUUAGGUGGACACAAGCACCAGACAACUCCUGCCCCACCUCCCGCACAGCCUGCCGCUGCUGGCCCUACUCCUGUGGGAGCUGCACCCGGAAGCCCAUAUGUCAAGACGGAAGAAGUUCCCGCUACAGGAACUAGUCCUAUGAACACGAUCAUGGAGAACUUUAACAAGUAUUAUUCCAAGGCGGAAAUAAUUGCAGGAAACGUUUGGAGCCACAUGAAAACCGGUCCGUCUGUCACAGACGCCGCCCGGGGAAAAGUGAGUCAAGGUAUUAAGCUGGUAACAGAAGGUGGUUUCGAAGGAAUAUACAAGCAAACCUUCGGAAUGGAUGAGGGGGAGCAGCUCCGCAAGACAUACGCUUGUUACCUAUCCACUUCCACGGGCCCCGUAGCGGGCACUCUGUAUGUUUCCAACUUGAAGUUCUCAUUCUGCAGCGAUCGACCUCUAUCAUACGCACCCACUCCCGGUCAGCAAGCCUGGAGUUAUUACAAGAUGGUCGUGCCUCUGGCAAAGGUGAAGGAGGUGAUUCCAUCCUUCAACGAAAGCAAGCCUGCAGAGAAAUAUAUUCAAGUUGCGACACAAGAUGGCCACGAUUUCUGGUUCAUGGGGUUCGUGAACUACGACAAAGGUGUGCGAAACAUGCAAUUGGCGCUGCAGCACAUUGGAGAGAUUGAUCCCAAUGGUGGCCUCAAAGCUCCAUGGGCUGGAAUGACCAGCAAUCUUCCAGGAUUGAAGAAGCCUGCUGCUGCUCAGCAACCAACUGGUGCUCACAACCCAACCUACGGUGGCCCGGCUCCGAACCAUCCCAUCAACCCAACCACUGGUGGUGAUGCUCCAUAUCCACCCACAACUAACCCAACCAUGUAAAGCUAUAAAGGUUAGAUUGCCAUUAGGGUAGAGUGAUUUGAUCCUAGAAAACAUUAGUUGUCCAUAGAGGUAUUGACGAGUUGGCACCUGCACACAAGGUGCAUUGUUACACAGUGAUUUACAAAACAAGAGUAAAUUGUUUUGAUCGUCACCGUUGCAUUCA